UCCGACUAUGAAGGAAUUGAGGAUCUUCAUCGCCGGCGACUGAACUUCUCUGGAAAUGGAUGGAGGAGAAGCUUUAAGCGAGUCUUCGUCUGGAAACCAGCUCGAGAACUGGGCAGAAGAGCAGGAUCAGCUGAAGAAGAAGCUGGUCGCGUACGAUGACUUCUCAUGGAAAUUAUCUUCAUCAGUGGAGCUGCCUCAGGGAUCCGAGAUGCUUAAGUACGUUGGAGGUGUAGACAUGAGCUUUUCCAAGGAAGAUUCUUCCGUCGCCUGCGCUUGUCUCGUCGUUCUCGAGCUACCUUCUCUGCGUGUAGUUCACCAUGAGUUGUCUCUUCUCCGUCUUCAUGUUCCUUAUGUCCCUGGAUUUCUUGCCUUUCGUGAGGCUCCGGUUCUCUUGCAGAUUCUGCAAAAGAUGAGAGAUGAUAAGCAUCCUUUCUAUCCUCAGGUACUGAUGGUGGAUGGAAAUGGAAUACUUCAUCCACGAGGAUUUGGAUUGGCGUGUCAUUUAGGUGUCCUUGCUCAUCUCCCUACCAUUGGGGUCGGAAAAAACCUGCAUCAUGUGGAUGGUCUGAAUCAAUCUGAGGUGAGACGGUCGCUUCAGCUCAAAGAAAACGAGCAUGAGCAAGUUUUCACUUUGGUAGGAAACUCUGGAUUUACGUGGGGAGUAGGAUUUAGGCCAACUCUGAGUUCUCUAAAGCCCAUAUAUGUUUCGGUUGGCCAUCGCAUAUCACUUGAAUCUGCCGUUGCAAUUGUCAAGAUGACCUGCAAGUAUCGUGUUCCGGAACCUAUUAGACAGGCAGAUAUGAGAUCAAGAGCAUAUUUCCAGAAGCAUCAAACUGAGCCUUUUCAAAGAACCGGGACUGCAAUGACCGGAUCAGACUGAACGUUAAUCUCUCGGACAAGGCAUUGAACAGUAUUCCAAAUUACAUAGAACUCUCUGAAGUUUUUACUUCAAUGGACAGAUUCACGUCACUGAAGAUCCGCCCUAAUAUUCUCCUUCAUUUAUCUCACUGACUCGAGGAUUACAAGCUAAACAAAGAUAAUCAAUGUUGUAUCCAAUAUAUUGGAAUGUAAGCUUGCUUACGGUGUAAUCUUGGAGUAAAUAGAAAGAAUAGGAAAGUGGUCUAGGGUCCUGGUAUUAUUUUUAGUUGUUUGGGUCCUUUUGGGAUAUUGGGACUUGGGAGUGUUUGGGGUUCUCCACAACAAUACCAUUGGUUCUUUGGUUUGGUAUUUUCUCUUGGUCCUCAUUCAAUAAAAAGCAUAACUUUUCUGUCUUAA